AUGGCGUCCAGGUGCUUCUUCCCCAGGGACGCGGCCGCCGACGGCGGCCGGCACCAGCAGCCGAAGGCCGCGGCGGCGGUCCUCGAGCAGCUGCACCACGGCGGGCGCCUCCUGUCCAGGGAGGACGUCGGCGGCGCGGUGCGCGUCAAGAUCGUCGUCAGCAAGCGCGAGCUCAAGCAGAUGGUCGCGGCGCUCGGCGACGGCGCUGGCGGCGCGGCCGCCGCCGCGGCCACCACCGAGCGCCACCGACGACAGCGCGCGACGACGGGGGGAGGAUCGUCGUGCGCGGCGGGAGCGGCAGGGCCGGGCGCCGAGCAGAGGCUGCAGUCGCUGCGGCGGCGCAGCAUGCGGAGGGCCGCCGAGGCGGCGCGCCGGAUGCAGGCGAGCGGGGAGUGGGAGCCCGGCCUGCAGAGCAUCCCCGAGGAGGUUUUCUGA